AUGGGUUUCCCUGGUAUUCCAGGAUCAAAUGGUAUACCGGGAGUGCCGGGCGUCCCGGGGCCACACGGGCUCCAGGGAAGAGAAGGUGUAAAAGGACAAAUUGGUGAAAAGGGAUCGCAAGGAAUGCUGGGUCCAAGAGGAGACAGAGGACGAGUAGGACCCCCUGGUAAGAGUGGACCCCGAGGAAUUAAGGGCAUGAAAGGUCAACAGGGACUUGUGGGAAUGAAAGGAGAGGCAGGCAUUGCGGGAAUGAAAGGCGAGCAAGGGGCUGUGGGAAUGAAAGGAGUGCGCGGAGCUGUGGGAAUUAAAGGAGAGCGAGGCAUUGCGGGAAUGAAAGGAGUGCGCGGAGCUGUGGGAAUUAAAGGAGAGCGAGGCAUUGUGGGAAUGAAAGGAGUGCGCGGAGUUGUGGGAAUGAAAGGGGAGCAAGGCAUUGCGGGAAUGAAAGGAGUGCGCGGAGUUGUGGGAAUGAAAGGGGAGCAAGGCAUUGCGGGAAUGAAAGGAGUGCGCGGAGUUGUGGGAAUGAAAGGGGAGCGAGGCAUUGUGGGAAUGAAAGGAGUGCGCGGAGCUGUGGGAAUGAAAGGAGAGCGAGGCAUUGUGGGAAAUCAAGGAAGAAAAGGAGACAAAGGAGAGAAAGGAGAAAGCGCCAAAGCAAGUCAAGCAAGUGUAGUACCACAAACCAACUGGAAACAAUGUGUGUGGACAUCAACGAGCCAUAAUGAUAACGGAAAGAUUAAGGUAAAUAGAAUAAGAAUCAUAACACACUCCUAA